AUGUAUGCUGAAACUCCGCGUACCAUCUUGGAAGCCCAAACCAAGGGACAACAGCAAAUGUUCAUCGAGCUGAUGAAGCGUAUGGAAAGGAUGGUCUCCGCUCCAAGCCCAACCGUUCCAACAGCAACUGUCGUCACGGCCGAAUUCAUCAUGAAUUCUCUAUCGACACGACACUUGCCUGAGUCAAAGGACAGUGCUACGUUGGACGAUGCAGCAAAAGUUCGACUAGUCGUCUCCAAACUCGACGCCGUCACAUAUGCCCAUUUCACGAACCACAUUCUUCCUGAAAGAGCAUGCGAUGUACUCUUAACGGACAACGUGGCUGCUCUGAUGAAGUUGUUCGGGCACAAUACGUCAGUGUUUGCAAGACGCUACGCACACCUUAACACACAGCGAAGUGAGAAACUACUUUUCGCAGCUUGA